AUGCCUUUCAAGUCGGUAUACGAGCACAUCGACAUCCCGCAAAGCAAUGUCCUGACUUACAUCUUUGGCAACGGCUCAUUGCUCUCCAACGAGCCCAUCUGGAUUGAUGCCAAAAACCCUCAAAAGAGCCUCUCACCACAUCAGCUGCUGCAAUGGGUUCGGCGGCUGGGCCUCGGCCUGCAGCGCCUGGGCUUGAAGCGAGGCGACGUCGUCAUGAUCUGCACGCCGAACCACAUCUUUGUGCCUGUGGCGUAUCUGGGCAUUGCGGGCUCGGGACACAUUUUCAGCGGUGCCAAUCCGAUUUCUACGGUUCCGGAACUGGUCCAUCAGCUUUCCAACACUGGGGCAAAAGCAGUGCUUGCCCAUCCCACCGUCCUCUCCAACAUUGUCGAGGCCGCAGCCAAAGUCGGCAUCCCCAGAAACCGCAUCUUCCAGUUCUCAGACGAGGAAACCCCCGUCCGCGACGGCAUCCCAGACUGGCGAGCCCUCCUCGCAGCCCACGCAGACGCCUUCCGCUGGCAAUGGCCCGAGUUGACGCCCCAAGAGGCGCGCAACACCAUCGCCACCAUCAACUUCAGCUCGGGAACCACGGGCCUGCCCAAGGGCGUCUGCGUGCCUCAUGCAAGCCUCAUCGCCAAUCUCGCCCAGGCCGUGCACCUGCGCCACGUCCACCGCAAGCCCGAGUGGGAUCUGCUGCCGCGCAACCGCUGGAUCGGCUUCCUGCCGCUGUACCACGCCUACGGCCAGCUCUACGCCUGCCUGAUGGCGGGCAAGACGCUGACGCCGCUGUACAUCAUGGCCAAGUUCCAGUACGAGGAGUUCCUGUCCAACAUUGAAAAGUACCAAAUCACCCAGCUGCAGGUCGCGCCGCCCAUUGUCGUCAUGCUCACCAAGCGCCCCGAGACGAGCCGCUACAACCUCUCGAGCGUGCGCCACAUCACCUGCGGAGCCGCGCCGCUGUCCCGCGAGCUGCAGACGGCGUGCGAGGAGAAAUUCAACCUGCGCAUCACGCAGGGCUACGGCAUGACGGAGCUGACGUGCACCGGCAUCUCCUGGUCCGAGGGCCUGGCCGGCGACAGCGCAGGGUCUGUGGGCCGGCUGCUGCCCAACUGCGAGUGCAAGCUGCUCGACGAUGAUGGCAAGGAGGUGGCGGCUGGAGAGCGCGGAGAGCUGCACAUUCGGGGUCCAAACGUGUGCUUGGGAUACUGGAAGAACGAGGCGGCAACGCGCGAGUGUUUGGACAAGGACGGGUGGUUUAGGACCGGCGAUGUUGCCGUUUGCAAUAAGGAGGGGCUGUUUUGGAUUGUUGACCGGAAAAAGGAACUCAUCAAGGUCAACGGCCUGCAAGUCGCCCCCGCAGAACUAGAAGCCGUGCUUUUAGAAAACGAGCACGUCGCCGACGCAGCUGUUGUCGAAAUCAAAUUCAACGAGGAAGAGUGGCCACGAGCAUACGUCGUCAUCCAGCCCACGUCAAAGGGCAAAGUGACUCCCCAGGACAUCCAGGACUGGACCGCCGCGCGAGUGGCUAAGCAUAAGCGGCUUGUAGGCGGCGUCACGUUUAUCGAUGAGGUGCCGAAGCUGGCGAGCGGCAAAAUCAUCCGGAAGCUGAUGAAGCAGUGGUCCAAGAGAGACGCCGAGGAGAUGCUCAAGAAUGGAACGGCACCUCGAGCGAGGCUGUAAGACGUGAAUGUAUUUUUGCAUAGCAGCUUUUUUUAUUAUUGGUGGAAUAUUGUGUAGCAUCUGUUUAAAGAUACCUAUAUCCAAGUCUAUCUUCUAUCUUGUUCGACAAGCACCUUAUAUAUACGAGGACUUUUGUAUAGAAAUCUGCAGUCUGUAUAUAUGCUCAAUUGUGGAAAAAAAAAAAAAAAAAAAGAAAAAAAAAGUUAUAGAUGAGAGUCUCCUUCAAAAGGCAAUCAGUUAUUUGGUCCCUUUCCCAAACACAUAAUCAUCGUGGUUCAGCCAUCAUUGGCCGUUAAUUUCUGCAUCUCAUACUAGGCCCUCAUAAUCGGCCCAGAUUUGUAAAGACGGCUCUUGUGAGCUUGCUCCCUGUACUAAUAGCACAAGUUCAAAUGUCUGCAUACCGAGUAUGCAGACAAUUUGACCAAAGAUUAUUCUUUGUGUGAAUUGACAUCCUCUAAUCAGCAGCAUCGUCAAAGAAACCCUCAAAUCACCCCUCUCACUUCUCCUCCCGGUACUCUUCCAAACUCUUCGGCUGCUUCCCCAACACCACUAUCCCCCAAAGUCAGCAAAAUCAUUCCUUCUCUCAAAACAAAUUCUAGGAGCAGCAACAACAUACACCUAUC